GCGAACUCAAGUAAGUCUAGUGUUGCGUGUUGAGCUAUGUUCUCCUAGUUUCGAUUCCAAGACUCAUGAUCGGAGGCAUGUAUUAUUCCAGAUUGUUUUUUUAUUUCCUUGAUAAACGUUAGUGCGCCGUGUACGCCUUCUGGGUUGUCGACUCACCCUUUCCUUUUAUUCUGAGAAUAAAUGAUCCCCUGAAUAGACGUAAACUGACACACUAGUAUGUUCUAACAUCGUUUUUUCGUCGACUUUUGCCAUCAAACACCCGCUUUUGUCAAUGCAUUACACGAUCCAUGGUGAGCGUGUUUGUGAUCAGCUUUCAAUAUCCCGAUUCAGUGACUGAAAAAACUAACUUUUAUUUGAUGUUAAUGCAUAGCGGAAAGUUUUAUUUCACUAAUCUGUCACUUAUAUGAAAUGAGAGGUUGGUAAUCUGCGUUAUUUGCUCAAGGCCAAUGUUUUUAUAUUUAACCCAUUCUGUGAGCUCACUGAGCAAGCUACAUUAAGGCAGGCGAUUCGGCGUGUACUUAUGUGAAAACUAGACAGUUUCGCAUAUAUUUGGGCGAAAAGCAGACGAUUCAGCGAACUUUCAAACCCAAGGCGAUAAAAGGGGAAAUCUCGCACUAUUUUCUCAUAGCAGGCGGAAUAAAAGACAUUUUGACGCGCUCCCCUUUUAUUUCCUUUUUUCCGCUCGCUUGUGUUGGCUUAGGGAAAAAUUUGAGUUUCUUAACAGUCUUUAAACCUUGGGUUCUAAAUUACACCUUACUUCAGUUAUGGUAUAUAUCUAUACAUAUGAGUCAUAAAUCAACCCGACCUAAUUUUUACGAUACCGUCUUGCUAUGACUAUUCGUCUCGUAUUGAUGUUAGUUCAGUUCAUUUAUCUAAGUGACUAUAGUUUUUUUCAUAUUUCGUUUAUUUUAGCGAGAUGUCUACGGAUGGAACUGCUGAUGGUCCCUUAGAAGCAGAUUCAAGUUGGAUAUCAUCAAAGACAUCAUUUAUGACAAUUUCUGAUCCCAGUGAUUCGUCUACACCAACUGCAAAUUCUUCAUUAGAUGAAACAUUUGCUUCGAAUAAGUUUUCACCCAACUCUUUCGCAAAUUCAUCCCCAAAAUCUGACGAAGUAGAAGACAAUGACUAUGAUAAUGGUGAUAAAGACGACGACGAAGAAGAAGAACAAGUAAAACACAAAAAGAAAACAGGAGUAACUUUAGUUUAUGCUCCGGAAAAAUCAGCUAAUAUUUUCAAAUCCUCACAAAUUUCUAUUGUUACACCUCGACCAAAUCAAAAAGUGAUCAUAAUCCGAUCAAACCAGGGUAACGAUAAUAAUGAUAGUGAAAAUAAUUCAUUAACUAAAGAAAAUGGUAUUGGGUCAACAACCGCUUCUUCAAUGGAUAAAAUUCUGUAUUCCAGUGAAGGAAACCUUUCUAAAUUAAAUGGUGAACAUGAUUUGAAACAGUUGAAUAAUUCCAACAGUGUCUUUUACAACAGUUCUCUUGAUGAAUUUUCAUCGAAUAAUGGAAUAUCGGAUUAUAAGGAUUUAUCUGAUAAUAAUAAUAAUAAUAAUUUAUCAGAUAAUGAUAGUAAGUAUGAUAAUUCCACUAGUAUUCUAUCAACACCAACAGUACUCACUUCAUUGGAUAAUCAUAAUGAUUCAUCGGUUUUAUCUAUGGGAUCAAAGAGUUUAUCUAAAGAAAUUCUAAAUGAUGACGAUAAUACUAAUAAUAAUAACAGUAAUAAUAAUCAAUCUUAUGCUAACAGUACAAUUAGUGUUGAUGAAAACAAUGAUAUCACUGGUAUUGUUCUACAGAAUCAUGAAGAAAUUGCAAAAAAUACUUCAUCUGUUGAUCAAAAUGAAAAAUAUCUGUCAGCAUUAAAACCAGUUUUAUCUUCACAAUCUAAUCAUUCAAUUGAUUCAGAUCAAGAAUCCAAACUAUUAACUGAUAAUUCUUUUAUAAAGUCAAAUUUAAGUAAUAUAGCACAAAUGAAUUCUGAAUUGGAUGAUGAGGUUACCAAAACAGUUUUAAAUAUUAGCGAUCAAUAUAAGAAGACAGUAAAUAAGUUUGUUGAACAAUCAAUGCCGACUUAUUUGGAUCGUUGUUCACCAGCACAAAUUGUGGCUGUAACCGGUGGGGCACCGCCAGAUAUAAUACGUAAUAUUGAAGAGGAUUUAGACGAAGAUAAUGAUGAUAAUGUUAUUGAAGUACUUAAUACAGAUGUAGAACAUGAAGCCAAUCCCUCUGCUUCUUCAUCUACGAACCCUGGUAAUAUUGUCCGACAACGUGGUCGUACUUCAGAGUCAUUAAAAUCCCCAAAGCCGGUAACUAUCAAUAUUGACUUACGAGUUGUUUCAAAACUAACUCCAAGUACUCCAGAAGAAGUAGAUGCUUCAUCAGAACUAGUUUUUAGCAAUUUUAUGAUAGAUCGUUAUAGAUUAGAAGUUUCUGCAUCAGCUCAAGCAUCUUCGUCUCAGUCUACUGCUUCUGCUUCAGCUUCAAUUCAUGUAACAGAUAUAGGUCAACAAGCUGAGUCUGAAGAUCCUGUAAGCCACGAACUUUCAUCUUUACCUCGUGCUGAACCACACAGUGUCGAAGCAAUAGUUGCCCGUAAUUUAGCCGAAAUCGGUGAUGAAAUCAAUCGUAUCUAUGGACCGAGAUUAGACAGAAUGAUUAAAUUACUACCAGUGGAGGAAUGUCCAUUAGAAAUGUUUUAUAAUGUCGCCCGUGUGCUAUUUGCUCGUGGUCCAACUAACUGGGGUCAAGUAAUCACUUUGUUCUAUUUUGGUUAUCGGUUAGUAGUGCAACGAGUUAAAAAAGGUGUUACCAACGCAUUUUAUCAAGUAUGUCGAUGUCUAGUCAGUUUUUGUCGACAAAUCAAUAUUUUCGUUUGGAUAGCUCAACAAGGAGGAUGGCGAAUUCUUCAAUUUCUACAAUCUCAUAGAACAUAUAAUGAUAAAAAUAUAAACACGAAGAAUCAUUCAACACCAUCAAAUAUGAUUUCUCAUACUGAUGAAAAUCACCAACAAAAUGCAUCGUUAAAUGAUCAUAAUACGAAUAAUCCAUUAUUUGAUCAUUCUAAUCAUGAUUCCAAUUUAUUUAUUCCAUUCAUUUUGACUAGUACUAGUGUUGUUGUGAUAGCUGUUGCUGUGUGGUUUUACUUACGUCGUUUAAAAUAAGAAGUUUUUUUGUAUGGAUUUAUGCAUUAAGAACAAGUUCAUUUCAUUUUGUACUUAUGCCUAUAACUUGUUAGCUCUCUCUCUCUCUCUCUCUCUAAUGUUGUUUUCUUUCUUUUUUUUAAAAAAAAAUUAUUUUAAAGACUAACCUCACCCCCUUUUUUUUAACUGAAUCGGGGUUGUUUUUUUUCUUUUAGUUACCAAUCAUUGCCUAUAUUUUGUAGAAUUCAGUAUUUGCUCCCUAUUUUUAUUUUAGUUAAACAACAAAAAAAAAAAGAGAAAAGAAGUUGUUAUGAUUACAUUUCUCUUCAUCUUGUUAAUUUACUCAUCAUUCAUCAAAGUAUAUAGUCUAUUGAUAGUUCUU